UUGCAAUGUUUUACUCCUACCUGAAUCAUCAUCCAAAAACCUCCAUUUUUAGUCACAACUUUCUUCUUGAAGAUCUCAAACUAUGGCUAAAAAACCAAGCUUGGGUCGCCAAAAGAUCAAAAUCGCGAAAAUUCAGAUAAAAAACCAUCUACAAGUAACUUUCUCUAAGAGGCGAUCCGGGCUGUUUAAGAAAGCUAGCGAGCUUUGCACGUUGUGCGGUGUUGAAAUCGCGAUUGUGGUAUUCUCUCCAGCAGGGAAAGUUUUUUCCUUUGGUCAUCCUAAAGUCGAGUUGAUUGCUGAUCGAUUUUUAGCGCGAAACCCUAAUCUUAACUCAACAAGUCUACAUCUUGUGGAGUCACAUAGGUUAGCUAGCAUUCCUGAAUUAAACAUGCAGCUUAUGUACAUGCUAAAUGAGUUAGAAACCGAGAAGAAAAGAAGCGAGGCGCUAGACGAAAUGCGAAAGGAUGGGCGGAGCCAGUUUUGGUGGGAAGCACCAAUAGAGGACUUGAAUGUGCAUGAGCUUGAACAACUUAAGGAUUCAAUGGAGGAACUCAAGAAGACAAUUGGUAUACAAGCUAAUAAGCUUUUUGCAGAAAGUUCUGAUUCUAUUUCGAUUUUCGGUACUAAUAAUAAUAUUAAUGGUGGUGUUGAUCACUAUGAGAUGAUCAAGCCUGGUUCUAUUAUUUCAUCAUCUUCCGGUGCUUCUCAUGUUCAAAGUUAUGGAUAUGUCCAUGGUAUGAUGUGAAGUUCACUCAGUUUCUUUCUUGAUAUCAUGGGAUUUUGGUAGUUAGUACCUUACUAGCUACUUUUUUUUUUUGCUUUUCAUGUAAAAAUGCUGGAUUAAUA